AUGGUCUUCAUCCUCGAUUGGUUCUACGACGUCCUUGCCUCGCUCGGGUUAUGGCAGAAGAACGCCAAGAUAUUAUUCCUCGGUUUGGAUAACGCCGGGAAAACGACGUUGAUGCACAUGCUGAAGGACGAGCGCUUAGCGCAGCACCAGCCGACGCAGUACCCGACGAGCGAGGAGCUGAGCAUUGGGCAGAUCAGGUUCAAGGCGUUUGAUUUGGGCGGACACGAAGUCGCCAGGCGGGUGUGGAAGGAUUACUACGCCAAGGUGGACGCGAUCGUGUUUCUCGUCGACGCGGUGGAUAAGGAGCGAUUCAUGGAGAGUAAGAAGGAGCUCGACUCUUUGCUCGGUGAUGACUCACUUGGGAGUGUGCCGUUUUUGAUUUUGGGGAACAAGAUUGACAUCCCGCACGCGGCGAGCGAGGAGGAGCUGAGACACUGCCUUGGGUUGACGAAUUACACCACGGGCAAGGGUAAGGUAAACUUGGAGAACACGAACAUGCGCCCGAUCGAGGUCUUCAUGUGCUCAGUGGUUCGACGCAUGGGAUACGCCGAAGGUUUCAGAUGGGUGUCGCAGUACAUUUAA